CUUCCGGUAACGGGCGCGGGCGCCGUUUGCUGGGGAAUGGAUAUACGCGGGGUCCUGGCGGUGUUGCUGUCCUGCCUCCUGGUCGCGCUGCCUCUACGCUGCGCAGGCCAAACUGAUCUGAAGAGUCCGGAGGAUAUCCAGGUCUAUGUUGUAAAUACGAAUUUCACUCUAAGAUGGAACUACACUGGGAAUGAUACCAAUGUGACAUUUUCAGCAGAAUACAGGUAGUUUGAAGAUACUGAAACAAAUGGAACAGAGUGGAAGGGGUUGCCUGGGUGUCAAAAUGUUACUGGCACAGAAUGUGACUUUUCCUCAGCAAUAACUGAAUACUAUGAUACGUAUCAUGUGCGUAUAAGGGCUGAAAGAAAGGAAGAAGUGUCUCCAUGGUCUAGCAUUUUUGAAAUGAUUCCAUAUUUUAUAGCUCAGAUCGGUCCCCCAGGAAUGGAGUUGCAGUCCAUGAAUGGAGUCAUAAAAAUUAAGGUUUCUCCUCCAGAAGCAAAUCAGGUCCGAAAAAUGUGGAUAACUCCUCUGUAUUUUAAAUAUAAACUAGUUAUCUGGGAAAAUUCAUCAAAUUCAGAGCUCAGAAGUCAGAGUAUUUUUCCUACUGACACAAUUGAUGAUCUUGCACCAGACACUACCUAUUGUUUGAAAGUUCAAGCAACUCUUUCUUUGGAACUGCAGGAAGGCUUAUUCAGUCCCAUUCGUUGUAUAAAAACAACCCGUAAAGUGAAUGACCUACUCUGUGCAACAAAUCUGAAAAUUCUUGCUUUGAAUAUGCAGUUUCAUCUACAUUGGACUAAUCAGUAUAAACAACAUGUGAGCUACAAUGUACAGUAUCUCAUUGGGUAUCUGAAGAAACUUCAUGAUGAUUACUCAGCGAAGUGGCUCAAUGUACACGGAUGUGAAAACAUCACUGAUACACAAUGCAAUUUUUCAUCUCUCAUCACUACUACUUCUGGAUUUUAUUAUCUCCGUGUGCAGGCCAUAAAUGAACAUAAUAGAUCAUGUUUGUCUAAUGAAGUGAAAGUAGAUCCUCUGAUAACAAAUGAAAUUGGCCCUCCUGGUGUAAAGCUGGACAUCAGUAAUGCUUUGCUCCAUAUCCAGAUUUCUCCUCCAGGAGCAUCUGAGAGUGAAGUCAUGAGGGACCAUUAUGACUUGUCUUACCGGGUUUUGUAUUGGAAGAAUUCAUCAAAUAAUGAGGAGGAAAUCAAAGUGAAAGAGAUAAAACAGACAAUAGGGUCAAUUUCUGAUCUAACACCCUCGACUUUGUACUGUGUAAAAGUACAGGCAUUUUCAGAAGUCUAUAACAAAAGCAGUCAUUUCAGCAAAGAGGAAUGCAUCAAAACACCUGGAGCAACGUUUGUAACUGCCCUGAUUGCUGUCUUUCUUGUGGCUGUGCCACUUGGUUUUGCCCUGUAUCAAGCCUACAAUAAAAUCAAAUACGUGUUCUUUCCAUCAUGCCAACCUCCUUUGAAUAUAGAGGGUUUUGGAGGACAGCUCUUAAGCAGUCCUUAUCUGUUAACUGCAGAAGAACCAAUAGAAAAUUGUUCUAUAAUUGAGACUAUCAUCACAGAAGAAGUAAAUCAAAUUGUUUUCGAAGAUUACAAACAUUCUAAACAGAGCAGUCAAGACUCAGGAAAUUAUUCUAAUGAUGACAAUACUUCAGGAAGCAAAGCAUCAGAAGAAAUGGUAGAAAAGGAAACAGUAUAACAUCUGAGAAAAUAAUGGGACUGGCAGCAUAAUAAACACACAAAACCUUUUAAUUAUGACAGUAGCAGCCUAAGGAGGAGUGUCAUUUUGGGAUCCCUGUCUUCAGAUUUCCAAAUCUGCACUUUGCUAGUGGAAAGUUACAUGCCCUGUCUGCUGCAAGCUGACUGAAGUUCCAUUAAAGCACAGGUGACUCCUCAUACUUUGCAGCAUUUUGGCUGAGUCUUCAUCAUGUGAGAAGAAGAAUACUGUCUGCAUAAAGAGGAGCAGAUCUGCACACUUUAUAUAUUUGAACCUGGUAACCUCAGCAAAAGCUUACUCUGUUCCACAAGAAGAGUUUCUUGUUAUCCUAGAGAUUUGCUUUAAAUGCCAGUGCUUUAAAUGCUGUGACAGAAGCCUUAAAUUCCAGUAUUGAAUCUUAACGAUGUUUACACAGGCAGAAGGAAAUUGAUGCCUGAUACAAUUUUAGGAACUUCUCUGACAUUCUCUUCCAGCCUCCUCAGGGAUAGUGCUUUUUGGUUCAGCUGGUCCAGAACAAGAGAUGCAAGGAGCCCAAGAGUAGCCUCAGUGAGCCUCCUUGUAGAAUUCCUUGUGGCCAUGGCUAUGGGAUGCUCCCAGUGCCCAAUGGCUUGUUCACGUAUCUGUGUCUCUGUGUCAGGGUGCUCUUUUCCCACAGGGUGAGUAUGGGGAGGGGCAAAGGCUGGAAGGAGGUUCACUUCGCUUUACCAUAAAGGAAAAUUUCGGAGUGGAAGUUCUUUGUAAAUAGAAACAAACAGUUUUGCACUGCGUUCAGGAUGAAAACCAAGAAGAAACGAAAAUGACAAGGCGUGUUAAGAGGCCUUGAUUACUUUUUUUUUUUCCCUUUUACGCUUCUAAUUGAACUGUAUUUAGAAAUGUGAAUCCCUUUUUAACAAGGAGGAAACUUCCUUCUGUAAUUUGAAGGACCAAAGCUGACUUUAGAAAAUGCCUUUUAACAGAAUAGUGAGGACAUUUGCCAUUCAGAGCUUUUCCAGCUUAGUCGUAUUUUGCCAACAGACUUUCCUUUGGAAAAAAUAUAAGGUCAUGCUGCAAUAAUGUUUCAGUUUGCAUACCACUUUCUUCUGAAGUAAUUUUUAAAAGUAGCUUGUUUUGUAUGAAGAAAUUGAUUUCGAGUAAACUGGUUUUGAGCUUCAUGUGGGCUUUUGUUUAUUGUAACAAGAAACUGUUGGUGUUUAUAUAUUUUGGUUUUUUAAUUUUGAAGAUGUGAUCUAAUUUUAUAAAUUGUAUGUCCCUGUGUUCGUUGAAGAACAGAAUAAAUUUUGCACAUUUAUUUCUUUAUCCCUUUCUUAGUUCCAUAUAUUUUUGACAUAGUGACGUUGAAGCUACACUAUGGAUACUUGGGAAGUUUCCCAUAAGCCUUCAGUUAUUUUCCUUUCCUAAAAAAACCAAUGUGAAGAAUAUCAUAUAUCAGUUUAAUUGGGGCUUACGUUGGGAGUGUUGCGUGAUUUAGA